AUGUCGAACGAGAUUGAGUCGCAUAUUCUAAAGAAAUAUGAGAUUCAAACGCAGCUAGGACAGGGUGCAUACGGCAUCGUUUGGCGCGCCGUGGAGCGCAAAUACAACCGCAUCGUUGCGCUCAAGAAGAUCUACGACGCUUUUCAAAACUCGACAGAUGCGCAGCGCACCUUCCGUGAGAUUAUGUUCUUGCACCGGCUGCACCACCCCAACAUCAUCAAGCUUCUGCACGUCCAUCGCGCCUACAAUGAUCGCGAUAUCUACCUUGUCUUCGAAUACAUGGAGACGGACCUGCACGUGGUGAUUCGGGCAAACAUCUUGGAAGAAAUUCACAAGCAGUUCAUCAUGUACCAGCUGCUCAAGACGAUGAAGUACCUGCACUCUGCCGAGAUUCUUCACCGUGACAUGAAGCCAAGCAACCUGCUUAUCAACAGCGACUGCACGAUGAAGGUGGCUGACUUCGGUCUCGCGCGCUCCAUCCUUUCACUUGAGAGUGAGCAGGCGUCGCGUCCGGUGCUAACAGACUACAUUGCGACGCGGUGGUACCGUCCGCCGGAGAUUCUGCUUGGAUCGACACGAUACACUAAGGGCGUAGAUAUGUGGUCGGUGGGCUGCAUUCUUGGAGAGCUGAUGCUUGGCAAGCCCAUCUUUCCCGGCCGCUCCACCACAAACCAGUUAGAGCUUAUCUGCAGCGUGACAGGCAUGCCUUCCUCGGCGGAUGUGGCGGCGACCAACUCGCAGUUUGCCCACGCCAUGCUUCGCGACAUCCACCUCUCGCACCGACGCACAUUCGCCGAACUUCUGCCAAACGCUUCUGCGGAUGCGUUGGACCUUAUCCAGCGCCUGAUGUGCUUCAACCCAAACCGGCGCAUCAGUGCGAAAGAGGCUCUGGGACACCCGUACGUGGCUGCCUUUCACCGUCCUGACGAGGAGCCGGUGGCGCCCGAUCCCAUCACCAUCUCUCUCCCUGACAACGAGCGCCUGCCAUUGGACAAGUAUAGAGACGCCAUCUACGAGCAAAUUGCCGCGCUGCGCCGUUGCUCCGCGUCUGGCGAGCAACGGCAGCGCAUGGAGCGACAAGCUUCCAGCGGUACCCCUAGUCGCAAGACGUCCACCAGCAGCGGCGCCGCCGCCGCUGCUGCUGCUACCAGUGGCUCUCGAGCAGGCACCAGCUCCUCUACAAUCACGCGAUCCAACGCGAGCAGCAGCGCUGCCGUACGAGUUGUACCGCAGCGCAGCACUGUAAAGUCUACUUCGACCAGUGGCGUCAACGAUUCUGUACCUUCGAAGACGUAUGCCCGUCCCGCCUUCCGCCAGGCAGCGCCUUCCACCACUGCUAUAGAAAGUAGACCCGUCGCGCGCGAGACAGUGGUACGCAAGUGA